GUUGUUUACAUAAAAAAGAUUUAUGUAAAUAUUACAUAAACGUCAUAAACAAUACGUAAAUAAACCAGGGAGACGUAAUUUUGAAAUGUACGGCACAACUCUGAUCUCUACUCGUGAAACAUUAGAUGAUGCGUUUGAGAUAAAGUUGUAAUCGUAGCCUCCGCAGUCCACUUGACGCUACAGAUGCUUCGAAGCAUUUGGAUUGACCAAUCAGAACAAAAAAAUGUAUAAAUUAACCAAUCAAAAAAUGCUUUCUCAAAGCACAUGUAACAUCAAAUGGACUGAAGCUUCAGUAAUCACAUAGCUUCGAUCUCGUACGUUGUGUUCAUCAGUGUACAACAGUGCGCGAGACUAAUGAGAAUUUAUUUCCGUGUAUGCUUUUCGCAGAUGGCAAAACGCUAAUUAGACGCAACUAAUUCCGAGGAAUUAAUUAACCAUUUUUUUACUUGCUGUUUUCCGUUGGAACGGGAGAUCAAGACACCAGUCAAGAUGCAUUUAACAUCCCUCUUCUUAUUGCUAAUCUGUUUAUCACUGUCAGUUGCAUCUAGAAAUAUCGUGCUAAUCAUUACUGAUGAUCAAGACUCCGUUCUAGAUGGCAUGACGCCAAUGACAAAUACUUUGAAUCUCAUAGGACGUCAGGGUGUCACGUUUACAAAUUGCUUUGUAGCCUCUCCGAUUUGUUGUCCUAAUCGAGCGUCCAUUCUCACCGGACGGUAUCAACAUAAUCAUCUAACAGUGAACAAUUCUAUCUCUGGUGGUUGUAGUAGCGUUGAAUGGCAACAAUCACGGGAACCGUCAACGUUCGCCACCCUUUUGCGAUUGGCCGGAUACAAGACGUUUUACGCGGGGAAAUAUCUAAAUCAGUAUGGAAACGAGAAGGUCGGCGGUGCGGCUCACGUACCAGUGGGAUGGGAUUGGUGGGCUGGUCUUAUAGGAAACUCCAAGUAUUAUGAUUAUUCGUUGUCUAUAAACGGUACCGAGAGAAAGUACGGUAACAGUUCGAGCGAUUAUCUUACCGAUGUGAUCAAUAAUUUGGCUGUAGAUUUUAUCGAAGGACACUCCGGUGACCAACCAUUCCUCCUGGUUCUGGCACCUCCAGCCCCUCACGCGCCAUUUACACCCGCCGAUAGACACGACGGCAAAUACAACGGCACGAAAGCAAAGAGAACGCCAAAUUUUAAUGUGCCAAUACAUCAGGACAAACAUUGGCUAGUUAGGAAAGGCCCAACCCCUUUGCCAGAUGAUAUAUUACCAAAAUUAGACGAAAUAUAUAGAAGGAGAUGGGAAGCUUUAUUAGCGGUAGACGAACUUGUUAAGAACGUACAUGAUUUACUGGAGAAACGGAAUCUCUUGAAAGACACUUACUUUAUUUACACCUCCGAUAAUGGAUAUCACAUUGGACAGUUCAGCAUGCCAAUGGAUAAGCGUCAACCUUAUGAAACAGAUAUACGAGUCCCAUUAUUGAUAUCCGGUCCGGGAAUUGAGUCGUCUACGAUUUCCGCGCCAGUCAGUAGCGUAGACAUCUUUGCCACGCUUUUGAGCAUAGCCGGCGUGAAAUAUACCUCGGACGGCACGGCAUUAUUCAAUACAAAUCGUAAUUUAUCUCAAGAUCGCACUGUUCUGAUAGAGUACAGAGGAGAGAGGUCACACAAGCGGCCGUCGUCCGGUUGUCCAAGCGACAACGAUUGGAAUGUCACGUUGUGCGCGAAAGAAAUGGCGUGCAAGUGUCAGGACGCUGCGAACAACACGUUCAGUUGCAUUCGCCGAGUCUCACCGAACUUUAACAACAUAUUUUGCAUCUUCGAGGACGAUCAGCAAUUCAUUGAAGCUUACGAUAUGAAUAUCGACAAGUAUCAAAUGAAAAAUAUUGGGUAUACUAUGAAGAAAGGAUUGCGGCAUAAAUUCAGGAAACGUCUCAAAAGAAUGGUAGUGUGUCGGGAUGAGCAAUGCGUCUUUCCACCAGGAUUGGUCAAUGGAUCCGAGAAUAGUAAAUAUUUAUUAUUUCCCACCCUUAAUUAUUUCUUAUACGUAUUGUCGUACAUGUCUCAAGUAUAAUAAAGUAUUUUGAAUUAAACUAUGUAUCUUAUUGAAAAGAAUAACGCUUUAAUACAUUUUUAUGUAUAUUUUAUGUA